AUGGGGAUCCCCGGCCACUCGCACAUUUGGUGCUCGCACUGUCGAUGCUCAGCUCUGCAAGGGCUCUGCAGCGUCGCCCGCACCGUGCUUCUGCACCUGUCCGGGCUCCGUGGCUGCGUGCACGCCCUCCUGAGCUCAGCUGCGCUCCUGCUCUUGUGGACACUGCGCAGGUACCAUGGCUUGGCUGGUUGGCAGCUCGACGCUGAGAACGCCCGGGAGAUCACCGGAUCGUACUCCCCCGGUGACGACGCACAGGGACAUCCACUGGCGAAAGCUGACCCGGGCGGGGCAUUCCUGUCGACGACGUCGCCGACGACGUCGCCGAGGCGCCAGUCUGGGCAGACCCGGGCCUCGCUGCGCGGCGUGACGCGGAAGAUGCUGCAGGGGGCGAAGGUGGCCUUCGCUUUCGACAGGACGUCGACGGUGAGGCCCGUGAUGCUCCAGUGCCUGCCGCCGGGGAUGCAGCUACUCUUCCUGCAGCCCAAGCACCCUCUCGCGGGCCUGCGCGAG